AUGCCGGAGAUCCUGGGCUUGGUCUGCUUUGAGUAUGGGCCAAAUCCUAACAUCUCCAGACACACCCUGGUGGUGGUCAACCCGAGGAUGCCGAGCUGCUGCCACGGCUGGCGGGUGACCCUUCACCAUGAGUCCGACACAGAGGUGGGGAACCCGCCGGCUGGGGUGCUGGCUGGCUGGCUUCUGGCUGAUUCCUCGCCUCAUCAGGGGAGUGCCAGCCCCUUCCUUGCCUUCCCAUCAGUCACGCUGCUCGAAACCAUCACGGUUCACGGCAGAGACAGGGUUUGCAUACCUGCUGAGGAGGAGCGAGCAGAGAACGUCCUCAAUGACACGGGCUACCAUUACGUGGGUUUGGCCAAACAUAUAAAGACCUGGAACUUUGGUCAGUUUGAGGAAAAACGUCCUGAAGCCUGCAUUUCUCUGCUGAAUGAGAGCUCCCUGGACCCCACAGAGAGGAGGGACCCGGUGCUGGUGCGCAGAGCCACCUCUUCGCUGGCAGGUGUGAAGGUUCAGAAUGGCAAAGGCAUGCUUGUUGGGAAUUGGUCUGGGGACUGCAGGGGUGGCACAACCCCGUGGACAGACAGAGCUCCCUUCCUGCAGCAGAGCGACAUCACAAGGCAGCCCGUGUCCUUCGGCCAGUGCUGGGUGUUCUCCGGGAUCCUGACCGCAGGCAGGCAGGAGGCCCAGGGGCCGAGGGGAAAGGUACCAGGGGAGGGGCUCCCAGCCCCCACAGUUGCCAAUCACCCCCACCCAGGGGCAUUUCAGUGCUGGGUGCUGGGAGUGUUGGGCAUCCCAGUGUGCAACGUGACAAUCUUCGAGUCAGCCCACGACAUGGCAAAGAUCAUGGUGGACAUCUAUGUGAAUGAGAUGGGCAAAGCAAUGACCAUUGUGACCUCCAACUCUGCUUGGUGGAAGGACACCUGGAUGAAGUCACUGGCACUGCCCAAGGGCUAGGGUGGCUGGCAGGCAGUGGAUGGCACGCCGCAGGAGUGCAGCCAGGGUGCCUUCUGCUGUGGGCCUUCGCCACACCAAGCUCCUGUUCUCAGAGGUGAUGGCCACGCGCUCACCUGGCGGGUGGAGUUGGUGAAGUGGUGAGAGGAGUGACACCUAGUCCCAGUGGAGACCACGAGCAUCGGGGAAGACAUCAGCACCCGGGCGAUGGGCCACGAGGGCCAGAAUGCCAUCACCUGUGAGUACAGGUGCCCAGAUGGUGGCCAUACUGGAUGCUGCCAGGCAGAUCCUGUGCUGUUGGGAAACCCUGUCAAUUUCACUGCGAUUCCCAAAAGGAGGACGGCUUUCCCACAGAAUGUCAACAUCCUGGGCUCCUUUGCGCAGAUGUACACGGGCAAGAGGGUGGCAAAGCUGUGUGUCCUCAGUAAGAGCACGCAGAUCCAAGGUCAGGUAUCAGAAGUGACUCUGACCUUGGACUCCAAUAGCUAUUACACUGGCAGCCUGGCUAUGUCCGAAGAUGAGCCAGUCAUCAAAGAUGUCGUCAUUGCAGAAAUAGUGGAGUCUAAGGAAACAAUCGCCUCUGAGGUGUUCAUGUGUUUCCAGUAGCCCGAAUUCUCUAUAAAGAUGCGGAACACAGGCAGAGUUGGCCAGCGACGUAUCUGUACUUACAUCUUCAGUAAUUUCCUGGCCGUGCCUCUGACCAACAUCAAGUUCUCCCUGGCAUGCCUGGGCAUCUCCCCACUGCAGACCUUUGGCCAACGAAUGGUGCAGCCUGGCGAGACCAUCCAAUCCUAAAUAAAAUGCACCCCGAUGAAAGCUGGAGCCAAGACAUUUAUCAUCAAGUUUAGUUUCAAUCAAGUGAAAGAGAUUUGUGCUCACAGGAUUAUUCUUAUCACCAGCUAG